CAGGUAAUAGUUGACUGUUUUAAUGGAUGCAGCAUAAAAAUCUUUUACUGACCUAAUGCAAUACAUAUACACUUUGUAGUUAAAGAAUUUUGAAGUUCUUAAUGUCAUCAUGGCAGCUACAUCCUUUAGCUUUGUGCCCUGCUCCCCCGAUCACUUUGCAAACACUCUCAGCAGACUUUCAGAGAGAAACUCAAGCAGAAACCUUGACUAUAAAGGCAUGGCUGGGAUGGACUUGAAUGCUGCAUUUUAUCUGAAAUCACAUAAAAUUAUUUUAAAAUAACAGCAGGCACUGUUAAUGGUUAAUCAGUAAUUUUUUUGUUAAAUAAAACCUGUGUUUCCAGAUCUUAUGGGAUUAAAAAGAUCCUAAGAUGUUUGUUUUGAAUUUGCAACCCCACAACACACAGGUUACAACCUAAUUUUUCUUCAAGUGUGCAUUAAUGCGAGUCCAGUAAUCACCUUUCUGACAAUAUAUACAGGUAUAAGUUAAACCUAUGGCAGAUUUUGGAUUUCACAGUUGUAUUAAUAAGGUGGCCUGUGUGAGUAUGCAUGCACCUAAUAAUUACAAAAAGUCUGUUAUAAUUAUGUCACAGAAACCUUAAGCGAAAAUAGAAUAUACUUUCUCACCAUAACACCUUGAACCCACAAUUGGCAAAUUAAUUCACACAGAAAACCAAAUUAUGUUAUGAGCGCCUCGGGGUUAAGUUUAAUGUGACAUUGUGGCUCUUGCGCCAAAAACCAUAAUAUCACAUUAAACAUUAUGGUUUUUGGUUUUAAGUGUAGAGCUUCAUUUUGACCUGAAAAUACGUUUGGGAAAUUGGGUGAGACGUUAUGGAUUUGUUUUUACUGUUUUGGGAAUACGAGGCAUAGUUUCAAGAAAUGUGUUUAAGCAAUCGAGAAAAACUGCAAAUUUGGAUAUCUGUUGUGGACAUAUGAUAAUGUGCUUCCAUACAUACAGAUGCUUUUCUUUUAGCAAAGGGUUUUGUGUCUCUCCUCCUGCAGAAGGCGGACAUGGCAGUGGCCCCGCUGACCAUCACUCUGGUGCGAGAGCAGGUGAUCGACUUCACAAAACCCUUCAUGUCUCUGGGAAUCUCCAUCAUGAUCAAGAAACCUACCAAGUCCAAACCGGGCGUCUUCUCUUUCCUCGACCCGCUGGCCUACGAGAUCUGGAUGUGCAUCGUCUUUGCCUACAUCGGGGUCAGCGUGGUGCUCUUCCUGGUGAGUCGGUUCAGUCCUUACGAAUGGAACGGUGAGGAGUCUGAUGAUGAAGAUGAAACUGCUCCCUCUUCUUCUCGAAGAGCUCAGGCCUCUUCAUCCGCAGAACAUACCCACUCUCCAGGGUUCUCCCAGGCUCAGGGGCAGAACCAGAAUCAGCAGAAGGAAAAGGAGACCCCAGAAUACACCAAUGACUUUGGCAUCUUUAAUUCUCUGUGGUUCUCACUCGGAGCGUUUAUGCAGCAGGGCUGUGACAUCUCUCCCAGGUCUCUCUCAGGUCGAAUUGUCGGAGGAGUUUGGUGGUUUUUCACCCUCAUCAUCAUCUCUUCCUACACAGCCAACCUGGCAGCCUUCCUCACCGUAGAGAGGAUGGUGUCCCCCAUAGAGAGUGCAGAAGACCUGGCCAAGCAAACAGAGAUUGCCUAUGGUACCUUGGAUGGAGGCUCCACUAAAGAAUUCUUCAGGCGGUCAAAGAUUGCAGUGUUCGAGAAGAUGUGGUCGUACAUGCGGAGCGCAGACCCAUCGGUCUUCGUCAAGAGCACUAGUGAAGGCGUGAUACGGGUCAGAAAGUCAAAAGGGAAAUAUGCCUACCUGCUGGAGUCCUCCAUGAAUGAGUACAUCGAGCAGAGGAAGCCCUGUGACACCAUGAAAGUAGGAGGCAACCUGGACUCUAAAGGCUAUGGAGUGGCCACGCCUAAAGGAUCCCCCCUCAGAAACCCUGUUAACUUGGCAGUGUUAAAACUGAACGAGCAGGGCCUGUUGGACAAAUUGAAAAACAGAUGGUGGUAUGACAAGGGAGAGUGCGGCACCGGGGGAGGGGACUCCAAGGCUGCAUGCUAUUGGAUGAAAAAGCUAAGUCACACCCACCAAAAACCAAGCGAUGCAUGUGAGGAAAGAGCGUGCAAAAUACAAGAGCUCGCCAACUGAGUCUGUUUUUUAAAAGAUUGUGAUAUGAAGCUACUUUUCAUAAAUGACACAUUUCUAUGACCGUGAAGACCAGCACAGAUAUAAUGAACCUCUGAAUUGAAGUAUAAGACCUUUUUGUUAAGAAUUUCAAGAUAAUUUUUUUUCCACAUUUUGUUUGCAUUUUCGUGCAUGAAGCUGCAUGUGACAGAUCAAUAGAUGUGGAUGUUCAAAGGCUAUGAUUGAGGCAACGGAGGGUCAUUCUUUUCAUGAGGAGAUGAACAUUUGCAGGGUCUUUGCCUUGUUCAGUAGGGUCAGAUACAUUUGGACUUUUAAAUACAUUUAUAUAUCAGAUAAUAUUGGGCUAAAGACUAGAUGGUUGAAUUAGACUCUUGGAGUGACAAACUCUCAUUUUAAUUAGUUUUAAUGUUUGUUAUUUGUUAACACUUGUUAGCAUUUAUUAACUAUUUUAACUGUUUCCUUAUUGUGAUUAGCUAGCAAAAAGUGAUGAUAUUUUACAAAGAGGAGUUUGUUCAUAUCUCAAAAUAGACUUUGAUGUACAAAAACAUCAAAGCACAAUGAACUUACUUUCCUGGCAGGUGUCACCGAUUAGGUUUUAUGUUUUGAAUGGAAACUACAGACUUAUCAGUUGGGCAGUAAAUUUCAAAUUUCAAAUUUGAGUGGAUGUCGCCCAAAAGUAAUUUCAUAUUAAAUUCCAUAAUUCAGGGGAUCUCAGACAUUCUCUGAGGGGAUUUAUAUUUCCAUUUGUCAGAAUAUCACAGCCUUUGAACGCUGCAUAAUGGUCUUCCUAGUUAGAAACUUGUAUUUAGCUUUGGGAUUUUAGACCAUUUUAAACUUUUUUAAAAUAAUUUUGUCCUUUUGCUUACAGUUGGAUUCAAACCAUAGUGAUGUCAUGCCUCUGUGCACCAUGAUUCGGUGUCUCUAACCUCACUUCUCUGUGCUGAUAGGACAAAACUAGUGCGCUCAGUCUGAGCAAUGUAGCUGGAGUUUUCUACAUCCUGAUUGGUGGGCUGGGCCUGGCCAUGCUGGUGGCUCUGGUCGAGUUCUGCUACAAGUCUCGGAUUGAGUCAA